AUGGCAAAGAAAAGAAAAGCUGGCAGUCGGAAUGCCGCCCCCAAGGGUCCAAAGGAACUCGAUCAAUCCGAUGCCCGGCUGGGACCCAUUAAGACCUACCAAGAUGUCGCCGAUUCCGAAGAUGAAUACUUUAUGAACAAGGACACCAUAAUGCUCGAUGACGAGCCGGAUUCAAAACGUAGAAGGCAACAGGACGAUGACAUUGAGUUUUCAGACGAGGAGGUUCUGGGGUACGAAGACACGGAAUCCGAAGACGACCAAAAAGCACCCCGAUCACAGACAAAGUCCAAGAAGGCAUCAAGAAAACACGACGAUGAUGACGACGAGGACGAACCCGAGGAUGAGGACGAAGAAGGCGACUCUGGCUGGUGGGGAUCCUCCAAACGAGAAUACUAUGACGCCGAUAACAUUGAGACCGAGGCCGAUGCGCUCGAAGAAGAGGCCGAAGCCAAGAGACUGCAGCAGAAAAAGCUUUCCAAAAUGAAGGAGGAAGAUUUCGUAUUUGACGGCGAUGAGUGGUUAACCGGAGAGCCCGAACCCGAAGAGGGCGAAGAGAAGGUCGUUGAGGUUCUCAAGGAUAUUGAAGUCACCCCAGAUAUGAGCGUCGAGGAGCGGUCACGGUUAUUGUCAACCCGAUACCCAGAAUUCGAGCAUUUGGCAAGCGAGCUGGAAGAGCUUCACCCCGUCUACCUUGGCCUCAAAGAAGAUGCCGCCAGCCAACCAGAUGCUUCAAUCGAAGGCAUCAAGUACUGGGUUCUUGGAUGCUAUGUGGCCACCCUGGCUAGCUACUUCGCAAUCCUCACAUCACCUGCGCGAGAUGCGACAAAACUACAAAAGCCCUUGUCGGCAACCGAUCUGCGAGACCAUGAGGUUAUGGAGACAUUACUAAAGUGCCGCGAGGCUUGGGAUCGAGUCAAGAACCUGACAGCCGCAAGCAACCCGGAUGAGACGUCAAUGUCGCUGGCAGCGGACCUGGAUGGACAGUACGCUCUAGACGACGCCUUGACUGCGUUGGACUCCACCAAGAAGAAGAAAUCCGCCAAGAAGGACAAGGUUGCGGCUGCAAAGGAAGCAAAGAAGCUUGCAAAAGCCAAGGCCAUCGAAAACAGCGUUUCCGACCUCUACGACCUACCACUCCCAUCUGGAAAGUCAAAACGAAAGUCAAAGCUCGCCACAGCUGCCAAAGAAGACGACAAUUCCGACUUUGGCGAAGAAGACACUAUGGAUGCUCGAACUGCUGCCGACAAGGCUGCCCGCAAGAAGAGUCUCAAGUUCUACACCUCACAAAUCACACAAAAGGCCAACAAGCGUGCUGGUGCUGGUCGUGACGCCGGAGGAGAUAUGGAUAUCCCCCACCGUGAACGACUUAGAGACCGACAAGCCCGUCUCAUUGCUGCAGCUGAGAAGCGAGGAAAGCAAGAUUCAAAGCACGGUGCUGAUCUGGGCGACGACAGCGACGAUGAUGACAAUGCUGCUGCGAAUGCUCUUCGAAAUGAUGAAAAUGAGUACUAUGAUAUGGUGGCUCAUAAAUCAAAGAACAAGCGAGACGAGAAGGCUGCUCGCUACGCUGCUUACGCUGCAGCAAGCAAGGCCGACAGAGUGGUUGAGAAUGAAGAGGUGGGCGAGGACGGCAAGAGGAAGAUUACAUAUGCUAUUGAGAAGAACAAGGGCUUGGCUCCCAAGCGGAACAAGGAUGUUAGAAACCCAAGAGUCAAGAGGAGAAAGCAGUACGAAGCCAAGCAGAAGAAGUUGAAGAGUAUGAAGCCAGUCUGGAAAGGUGGUGAGCCCAAGGGAGGCUACCAAGGAGAGACGUCGGGUAUUAAUGUCGGCGUGGUCAAGAGCGUCAAGUUGUAG